GGAGGGUGUGGGGGAGCCGGCAGUCCGCCCGCCCCCGGACAAGGACUCCCCAGCACCGGGGGAUCCAGGCGGUCGUGGCUUGCAGAGAAGCAGGGUGGGGGCAAGGGGGGUGGGGGCCCAGAGGGGAGAUCAGACCGCUCAGCCGAGACCAGCUCCCCUCCUUUGCCAGCUCCCACCCCGCCCACCCACCCCAAGCCGGCUUUUUUCCUGUUAUUUGUGCUCCGGGGAAGCGCGGCUGGGUUCCUGGAAGAGACGCCUAUUACCUAGGCUCCUGGGGGAAGUGGCAGCCCUUGGAUCUGGCCUACACCUCUCGGGCCUCUGUGGCCUCAGAGCGUCUGGUCCACACUGUCUGGGAAGAGCCUGGAGAGUCACCGUCGAGGGAUGAGGACGCGCCAGCCCGGGGGGACGCGCCGGCUGCUUUCGCGGCCGGGAGUGCGCAGCGCCCAGCAGCCGCGCGGAGCCUGACACGCUAUCCUCUCCCCUCGCGCACAGGGCUCUGCGAGUGACCUGGACGGCGAGCUCCGUGCUGCAUGGAACGGCUGCAGAAGCAACCACUUACCUCCCCCGGGAGCGUGAGCCCCUCCCGAGAUUCCAGUGUGCCUGGUUCUCCCUCCAGCAUUGUGGCCAAGAUGGACAAUCAGGUGCUGGGCUACAAGGACCUGGCUGCCAUCCCCAAGGACAAGGCCAUCCUGGACAUCGAGCGGCCCGACCUCAUGAUCUAUGAGCCCCACUUCACUUAUUCCCUCCUGGAACACGUGGAGCUGCCCCGCAGCCGGGAGCGCUCGCUGUCACCCAAAUCCACAUCCCCCCCACCAUCCCCGGAGGUGUGGGCGGACAGCCGGUCGCCUGGAAUCAUCUCUCAGGCUUCAGCCCCCAGAACCACUGGAACUCCCCGGACCAGCCUGCCCCAUUUCCACCACCCUGAGACCUCCCGCCCAGAUUCCAACAUCUACAAGAAGCCACCCAUCUAUAAGCAGAGAGAGUCCGUGGGAGGCAGCCCUCAGACCAAGCACCUCAUCGAGGAUCUCAUCAUCGAGUCAUCCAAGUUCCCUGCAGCCCAGCCCCCGGACCCCAACCAGCCAGCCAAAAUCGAAACUGACUACUGGCCAUGCCCCCCGUCUCUAGCUGUCGUGGAGACAGAAUGGAGGAAGCGGAAAGCGUCUCGGAGGAGAGCAGAGGAAGAGGAGGAGGAGGAAGAUGACGACUCUGGAGAGGAAAUGAAGGCUCUCAGGGAGCGUCAGAGAGAGGAACUCAGUAAGGUUACUUCCAACUUGGGAAAGAUGAUCUUGAAAGAAGAGAUGGAAAAGUCAUUGCCAAUCCGAAGGAAAACCCGCUCGCUGCCUGACCGGACACCCUUCCAUACCUCCUUGCACCAGGGAACGUCUAAAUCUUCCUCUCUCCCCGCCUACGGCAGGACCACCCUGAGCCGGUUACAGUCCACAGAGUUCAGCCCAUCAGGGAGUGAGACUGGAAGCCCAGGCCUGCAGAACGGAGAGGGCCAGAGGGGGAGGAUGGACCGGGGGAACUCCCUGCCCUGUGUGCUGGAGCAGAAGAUCUAUCCCUACGAAAUGCUAGUGGUGACCAACAAGGGGCGAACCAAGCUGCCACCAGGGGUGGAUCGGAUGCGGCUUGAGAGGCAUCUGUCUGCCGAGGACUUCUCACGGGUAUUUGCCAUGUCCCCGGAAGAGUUUGGCAAGCUGGCUCUGUGGAAGCGGAAUGAGCUCAAGAAGAAGGCUUCUCUCUUCUGAUGGCCCCCACCUGCUCCGGGACGGCCCCCUUACCCCUGCUGCUUCAGGGUUCUUCCCCGGCGGGUUGGGAGGGGCAGGGGGUGGCGUGGAAGUGCGGUGGGUUCCUUUCCUCAGGUAGAGGGGGGGCCAAGACCUCUGCAGUCCUGGGCAGUGAGCUACGGACUUUCUUCCCCCUCACAAGCCUGGGGGCCUCCUGCUCUCGUCCCUGACCCUCCCUGCACAGGGCAAAGCCAGCGGGGGUUCCGGCACACAGAGUUCAUGUUUGCACCGUCUCCCCACCCCUCACCCCAGAGGGUGAGGAGGAAUGAGGGGCAUUGGUGGUUAGGCCUGUUGGCUGUCUUGAACAGCUGGAGGGAAGAUGCAGGGGUGGGAAGCGGCCAGGCAGAAAGAGCUCCAGGCUCUGGUGUCGCCCACCCAUCCCUCCCACACUCACUCCUGACAGCUUUCCCGCACUGCAGCCUCCUGCUCCUCUGAUGCUAGUGGGAACAGGCCCCAGCUCAGCCUCCAGCAGGGAGGUCGCCUCCCCACUUCAGCUUGCCCUGACCUCUACUCGCAACCCCCGAGCUUCGAAGCCUCUUGCUUCAGCCCUGCGGCUUCCCCAGAAGCCUGGGCUUAGGGUGGAGAUGCCGCCUACACAUGACCCUGGCCCUCCACCUGCCUCCGGGCCACGAAAUGGGAAUUCCAGCACCAAGCCAGGCACCGGGCAGAAGCUGGGCCUUCCGCCUCCCUUGGAUGGGGUCAAGAGGCCAGGCCUGGCACAUUUUGGAGUGUCCUAGCUACCAGCUGUCACCCACACCCACGCACCCCCCACACACUAUGCUCUCUCAAGAAUGUAAUUUAUUGGGGCCCCCCCAGCUGCUUUCCUCACCUGCCCCUGCCCUACCUUACACCCCCAGCUUGACUUCUUUCCAGUCCACGUGUGUAUAUAAUGAUAUCUAUAUUUUUGCCCAGGUCUGGGUAUUGCUCCUGCCCAGACCCUGGCAUCCCUUUCCACUGUGUGUGUGACCAUGCUGGGGGAGGGGACUCUGCUUGGAAUUAAAAGGUUGCAUUGGGUCCCUA